UGCCAGAACGGAUACUUUGGAUAUACUUGUAAAACGAGAUGCGCUGUACAUUGUACAUAUUGUAGAAAAUCAGAUGGUUAUUGUAAUUCCUGUGAGUCCGGAUAUUACUUGAAAAAUAACCGUUGUUAUAAAUGUAGAACGCAUUGUUUUUCAUGUGAGUCAACCGGUUGUCAGUCGUGCCAAAACGGUUACUAUGGACAUAAUUGCCAACGGAGCUGUGCUGCAAAUUGUUUGUCUUGUAGAAAUUCAGAUGGGUAUUGCAAUUUCUGUAAGUUCGGAUAUUACUUGAAAAAUAGUCGUUGUUUUAAUUGUGAAACUCCAUGUGCGUUCUGCGAGUCAUCCAGAUGUCAAGCUUGUUUUGACGGAUAUUGGGGAAGUAUUUGUGAGCAUCACUGUGGCCAUCACUGUUCAUCAUGUAACCAAAGUAACGGCGUGUGUAUAUCUUGUGAGGAUGGGUACUGGGGAAGUCAAUGCACUACGUGUGGUUCUCAAUGUAAAGCAUGCAAUCAAUCAAACGGAUGUUUGGAGUGUAGUGUUGGUUACUAUGGCCACACAUGUGACAAAUACAAUUGCAAUGGUUGCACAGAAUGUCAAUAUGGAAAUGGAUCACUUUGUCAUGCAGAAGAGACAUUCUAUGCAACAGAAGUAAGCGACCCGAAAAAGAACAUGAUAACUCUUCCGCGUUGAACGCAAUGGUGAACAAAGGCAGAGAAGAGUAUGUCAAUGAAGAUACCGAUUAUUUCCACUCUAUUACCAUCAUAGAAAACACCAAUUACCACAGUCCACCAGCGAAGAGCUCUCACAAGGAUAACACGCUUAUUUUGACUGAGGACAAUCUUGAAAUCGACGCAGAUGAUGUUUCUGCACAGGACAUCACAGACAUGUCUGAAACAAAUGAAUGUGUUUAUUACAACAACACAAGAGAAGUCAGCAAAUUCAAACUGACUGUAGCUAAUUUACCGGAAUAUGUACACAACAUAUGCAUAAAGGAUAUAGAAGAAGAAUUUCAGAAAAUACCGUACGGCCUCUUGAAACCUUACGAAGUUUCACAAACGAAGCUAAAUAUGCAUAGAAAUAGAUACAAAGGAAUUUAUCCGUAUGAUGAUACGCGUGUUGUAGUACGUGGAGGAGACACAGACUAUAUCAAUGCAAGCUAUAUAGACGGUUUCAGGAAACGAAAGGCAUACAUAGCUGCUUUGGGUCCGAUGGCUAAGCAGCUGGGCGAUUUUGGCCAAUUCUGGCGAAUGGUUUGGCAACAGAAAGUGGAACGGAUUGCCAUCGUAACUAACUUGGUAGAGUGUGAGAAAACCAAAUGCGAGCAAUACUGGCCUGAUCAUGGCCAAUGUAAGCUAUACGGCGAUAUAAAAGUUAUGUGCAAGGUUGAAAAAGUGUACGCAGAUUUAAUUUGGAGACAGUUUACGUUAUCAAAGGGUACACCGAAUUCUGAAGAAAAAAAUCUGCAUCAACUUCAGUUCACAGCGUGGCCAGACAAGGACAUUCCUGAUAACGUCACAUCAAUAAUAGAGUUUAGACAUAAAGUGAACGCCUUGCCGAGUACCUUUGACGGACCAGUGCUAGUGCAUUGCAGUGCUGGCGUUGGAAGAACGGGAACCUACAUAGCUCUGGACAUUCUGACUAACGAGGGCGAGGCAGUAGGAGCAAUAGAUAUCCCGAGAUGUGUUCUCAAUAUGCGACAGAACAGACCCAGCAUGAUUCAGACUUUGAGUCAAUACAAGUAUCUACACGAAGCUUUGGUCCAUUCAUUGACCCUUGAUUGCUCGUUGAUAAAACAAGAACACUUCCAUGAAUAUAUGAAUAUGAUGUCCAGCAAACAGGAGAUACAGAAGCAGUUUGAGAAAAUGCAGUUGAAUCAAGAGCGAAAGUCAGAACAGGAACUGCAGGCUAUGGAAAGAAAUCGGCUUCUGACAAAAAAGAACAGAAAAUACGCAGACAUACCAGGUGAUUCCAACAGACCACGACUUUAUCUGUUUUUGAAACCAGGCGAAUCUGAUUACAUCAAUGCGAUAUACAUCAACAGUUUCAAAACAAAAGACCGCUUUUUGGUUGCACAAACACCUCUGGCUGACACAGUUUCCGAUUUUGUUGCACUUGCUGUUCAAGAAAACUGUUCCUGUAUUGUUAGUAUGGAGGCACAGGGGAUUGGCUUAUAUGUUCCUGGUGACAACCUAUCAAUGAAGAAAGGUGUGAUUUCCAUACGUUCUGCCAAAGAUCAAAGUUCAAGACACUUUGUUAAAAGAAAGCUGCAUUUUGAACCCGACGAAAAGGCCAAGCCAGAGAUAAAAAUACCACACUAUGAAUAUUUGGACUGGGAUAGAAAUGACGAUACUCCAAAGUCGGCAGAACACUUUGUUGCCUUCAUCAAAGAGGUUGAAGACGCAUCCAAAUCAUCUCACUUGAACGGACCGAUAUUGGUGCAUUGUAUGAACGGCGCUGGAAAGAGCGCACUUUUAUGUGUUGUCUCGACAUUACUUGAAACACUGAGUGAAGAUCAUGAAGUCAGUGUGGUCAAUGCGGUGAGGAAAGUCAGAGCAAGACGACCGCUUUCCAUUCCAAAUAAGGAACAGUUUUUCUUUUGCUACGAGUGUGUUUCUAAUCCUUGAAUACAACAGAUGACGCUGUGUACUACAACACAAGUCCGAAUAUCAAGAGGAAGUAAACACGACUGACCAUUGUGAUACAAGACGUCGAUGUGUUGCCCUUUUCAAGAACACAUGAAUAUUAACAUCAUGGAUAGAUAUGUAAUCUUCAGCUUCAUUACGUAUAAUUUGCUAUGUUGAAUUAUGUAACCGUAAAAUGAUUGCAGUUCUGCAUCACCGUAAUCACAUAAUUUACAAAACGCUAGUGUUUAUAUGUAUAUCUAAACAUUGUUUUUUGACUGUCAUUGUAAAUAUUUGCAUACUUACUGCACUCAUUAUUUGAGUCAUACUGUAGUGUGUUGUAUUUGAUCGAAACGAGAUCCCAUAGGAGAGGCAUAAAUGCAAACUUAUCGCGCAAUAGGUAACAUUUGAUAAGAUUCAGCGACAUUCAAUGUGCGCGUGGUGUAUACUUUCAGUCGUUAAGUUGAUGUAAGAACGCAGUUAGUGCUGCUUUAAUGAUUAAUGAACGCAUUGUACAUUAUCAUUGUCAUUACAUAUGUGUUGCAUUAUGCCGGAUGUAGAAGGUACUUUGAAUACACAAUGAAUGAGAAACGUUUACAAAGACGUCAUACAAUUAAACAUUUUUUAUUUCAUUUUUAUAAAAAAAAUUGUAUUUAAACGAGCCAUUAAGUAUUUUAAAUGUUUUUGGCGUCGAUAAGGUUUUCAUUGACAAAAUGUUUUGUACGAGAAGAUUUGCACGUAACAUAAUAUUUUAUUAAAUAUUUAAGUAUUUGCAUAACUGCAUAUAUAUAUUUUUUAUAGAAGUUAUAUUUUUAUUUAAAAAUAGUUUUCUGAUAGUAUUCUAUGUUUUCUACCAACUUGCAUUGGCUUCAAAUAAUAUGUAUACUAUAAAACAGUUGAUUUAUGAUUAAAAGUGUUAUCAUUUAUCAAAAGGCAAAACGUGGAAUGGUCAACAUGUCCAAUGGUACAAAAACAUCAUGUCUCACUCAAACUUAUAUGAAAUGCAUAUUAAAGUGUAAGGAUGAAUCUGAA